AUGGUGGCGCGCGGGGCUUUGAGGAGCUGCUCCAACACCCUCUCCCGCCUCUCCGCACAAGCAGCCAGCGCCUCGCGUUCCUUUUCCGCCGGCCAUGUCCGAUUCUCGCCGCCAAACCACACGAGUCCCACGUCGGAUCGCGAAACGCACUUUGGCUACAGGACCGUCACCGAGGGCGAGAAGCAGGAGCGCGUCGCCGGCGUCUUCCACAGCGUCGCCGACUCGUACGACAAGAUGAACGAUCUCAUGUCCCUGGGAGUCCAUCGACUAUGGAAAGACCAUUUCGUGUCCUCCCUAAACCCGGGGGCCACAAAUCCUCCCGGCAGGCCGCAGCGCAUUCUCGACGUGGCCGGAGGCACAGGCGACAUCGCCUUCCGCAUGCUCCGCCGAGCCCACGACCGCAACGGCAACCCCAACGUCCACGUCACCAUCUCAGACAUUAAUCCAUCCAUGCUCGCCGUCGGCCGCCAACGCUCCCUCGACCUCGCCGCCUCCCAUCAGUCUUCUCUGUCCUUCCUCGAGGCCAACGCCGAAAUCCUCCCCUCAUCCAUCAAAGAUAGCUCCCUCGACCUCUACACCGUCGCCUUUGGCAUUCGCAACUUCUCCAACAUUCCGGCAGCGCUGCGAGAGGCGCACAGGGUGCUCAAGCCCGGCGGCGUCUUUGCCUGUCUAGAGUUCUCAAAGGUGGACAGAUACCCGCUCUUGAACGCCAUUUACAAGCAGUGGUCCUUCAGCGCCAUCCCCCUCAUUGGUCAGUUGGUCGCCGCAGACCGAGACAGUUAUCAGUAUCUUGUGGAAAGCAUUGAGAGAUUCCCGAGCCAGGAGGAUUUCAGAGACAUGAUUGCAGACGCAGGCUUUGCCGUGGCUGGCGACGGCUACGAAAAUCUCACCGGCGGGAUAGCUGCCAUUCACAAGGGGAUUAAGCCGCUGUAG